CGAGCCACUUGGGAAUUGCGGAUGGGCUCGGUUUCAUUUCCAAGACGAACAUCGUCAUUCCUGAGAACCUGCCAUGUGGACGGGACUGACACCAAACCAAAUUAACAACAGCCGCCCCUGAAGCUGCGAGCAUGGCGUCAAAGCCGGAGCUCUCUUGGAGGGAAAGAUCUGCCUGCCCUUUCCCUGUUCUCCUACUCACCCAGGCUUGGUGCCGUUAUUUUCUUGGUAUUUUAGUUAUCAAUGCUAAUUUGACGGCUCCACUUUGCAUGAACGGUUCAUCCACACUUGAGCCGUUGUACAUUAUUUUGCCCAUCGCAAUCACUGUCACAUUGCGUUAAGCUGCGUCUACACCUUUAGUGCUCCUUAUUCUUUCGACAGCCUUCUCUUCAUUAUUAGCUUCUUGAGUUCUUCUGUCGUGUUUCAGACAUGGGCCUGCUUCUUCCGAAUCUCGUAUUUACUGCCCAUGGUUGCUUCGCCCAGCAUUGAUGUUUCUCAUCUAUGGCUUUUACCAGCGUCUGCCGAAGACAGCUCUGCCGAUAGCGUUAUGAGGGGUUGUCUGACUUGCCGCAAACGCCAUCUGAAAUGUGAUAAAACCGGAGCUGAAUGUCUUCGCUGCCAACGCUCUGGGCGACAGUGUAUUCCCGCACCAGCGAAGCCAGAGGAGGUCACCUUUCGACAUGGUCAAAACCCGUCUAUGCGAUCGAAAGACCCUCCUCGAUAUGGGGAGAGUGACUUGUCGUUUCCGGAUAAUCAAAUUUGGAUGGAAGUGCCCUCUGAAUUAACUUUCGAAGAUGAGACAGAACAGACAGCCGCCGAUUAUCACGUCGUCUCGGGGGGAGAGUCGCCAGUAGUCCCGAAGACGACGCGCAAAGCUCGAUUCAGCACAUCGACUUCGACCCUACCUUCGAUACCAUCUCCUACUCAAGCGUUUACUUCAAGCGCUGGACCGUCGCGCAAUAUGCUUCAUUCACGAACUCAUUCAAUGGAUUCGAUCCUGCCACCGGACACUCCGCGCGACCAUCCGAAGUUGGCGGAUUUUAACGAAGCUUUCCUUUUACGACACUUCCAACGAACUCUCGGCCCAUGGCUUGACUCAUGUGACCACGAAAGACAAUUCUCGAUGGAUGUUGUGGAACGAGCGCCGUCCUACCCUCUAUUGCUCUAUGCAUGUUUGGCCACCGCCGCCCGCCACCUCUCUCAAACGACGAACCUCAUUCCCCCGAAUACUGCAGACGAAUACCACGAGAAAUGCAUUGCUAUCCUGCUCCCCGGUCUUGGGAAUUGGGAGUCGAGAAUAGGCCUAGAUAUUUUACUGGCGUCCACAGUUAUUCUGCGCUUUUUUGAGCAGAUUUCAUCACAUGCCCCUUCGAACGAUUCACAGCGCCACCUCUUAGCUGGUUCUGUAUAUAUAAGCUCUCAAGUUGAUUGCGCUGUGUCUGGUGGCCUUGCAGAGGCAUCCUUUUGGGUGUUUGUAAUGCAAGACAUACAAUUUGCGCUAGCUUCCCAGAAUCCCCUGCGCCUCACACUGAGCCCGUUCAACGAGAGACUACAGCUCAUGUGGACAAAUCGGGUGUCCCAAACCGACCGCGACUGGGCGCAUCGCGCAGUGUGGCUCUUGGCCGGGUCUAUCAAUUACUGUUAUGGUGGACGAGACCCCCAUGCAAGUGCGACGGAAAGAAACAUGUUGAAGCAAAAGAUCAAUGCCUGGGAAGCACGAAAACCAGAUGGGUUCCGUCCGUUACACUUUUCACUUGCCGACUCAAGGAUUGGUAGACCCUAUCCUGUUGUUUGGUACACCAAGCCACUUUACGCAACUGCUGCGCAACAUAUUUGCCUAGCUAAAGCUUUAAUACAGGAGUACGAGCUCCAGAAUUUGUACGCAAACCAGAAUCCACGGCAGGAUAUCAGCACAAUAGAGGAUGAUGUUGUCAAGAAUUUGGGUAUCCUUUUUGGUAUUGCUCUUUCAAGCGAUGGCGACCCAUCUACCCGCGUCAUGGCAUGCCAUGCACUCUGCGCUUGUGGUUCCUGGGUUCGUGAUCCACUUUCGCGGAGAUGUCUCCUUGAUUUGCUCCAAAAAACAGAAGCAGAAAACGGAUGGCCAUGGGCUUUUGUAUCGCAAAGGCUAGGCCAAGAGUGGCGCCUCACUGCAAGCUGACCUUGCCCGUAGGCUCACCACACUCAUAUUCGAAGCUUGAAUAUUUGCAUUAGCCUAUCAACAUAUCACUCUGUAAAAGAGCGAACUCACAGGUGAUUACGUUGAGAACUCGAAAUUCGAACCCACCACCCUAGGGCUAUCGGCCCCAAAGGCUGGAAGCAGCAAAGCAUUUUUAGAAAUAG